UCCGCCUGCGGCUCGCGGGGGAGCGUGGUCUCCGUUACGCUCAUGAAUAUGCAUAGAGCAGAAGGGCGGGGCCGUUGCGGGGAAGCGGUGGGAGCGCGCGUGCUCAUCGCCCGGCAACGGGGCGUCGCGCGGGGCGGGAGCGCGGCGGGAGGCCCCGCAGGUAACGGCGCUCGUCCCGGGAGGGCUCCGGCGCCAGAAUCGAUGGGAAACGGCCUCGGGGAGCGUCGCCGUUUCCCCGGGGGCGCAGGCGAUGUGGUGGGAAGCGAUGAGGCAGAGGCGGGAGCGUCUGAUCUCCGCCUGCCUCAGCGAGCGGGGCUGGAAGAACCCCCGGUGGACGGAGGGCGAGGACUUACAGAGCCCUGAAGAGUCACACAGCCUUUGCUGAUCUUGAUCCGUGCCUCUCACCGUAGCCCCCAGGGUCAGAGCGUUAGGAGAAAACCUGUCCGGUGCUUCUUCCCUCGGGCUCUUCCUCAGGCACUGAAUGGCUUUGUUUCCACCGCUGGACUCUGGGGUUUCAGCUGCUGAGCUCGUUCCCGGGUCCCAGCUGGAACGCCAGAAGAACAACCAGCGUGAGCUCAGAUGUGACAAAAAGGAAAGUUUACAGUAUCUCUGUGCCCCAAAGAGCCAAAGCUGUUUGUACGGUCUUUGCGCAGAAAGCAGACGGCACAGCUCCGGGCACGGAGGCUCGCGGCCGGCCGGGCUGCAGGGCGAGCAUCUCGCCAGCCAGACCAAGACUCUGCCGGCUAAGCCAGUAGCCAGAAAGAAAGAAGGUGUGGACCGUGCCUAUCCCCUGAAACCGAUUUCUCACAAAGGGGUGAGUGUUCCGGCGGUCAACGCAGCACAUCUCAGAUGUUCCCCAUUCGUGGAGGAAGCUCCAAAGAGUAGGACUAGCCCAAAGAACAGAGAGAAGCUUCCAGCAGGGAGGUCUCCAGAAGUUGCAGUGCUGUCGCCUUGGACAGCAGAGCCGAAACAGCCAGCCUGCUGUCUACACAGAAGAAAUCUGGCCUACAUACUGAAGUUGGAGGAAGAUGUACGGAUCAUGGAAAAGGACAUUCAAAAGAAAGAGGCAGUCCUCAGAGAGAAGCUGAUGAGAACAGUAGAGGUGCUUAGGAGGAUUCAAAGACAGAGGAAGCUUGUUGAGGCGGAGGAAAGAAGAGAUGGAGAAGCAGAGAGGACCUGUGAGCAAAAGGCCGUGAGGUGCCCUAAAGAGAAAACUCUCAGAGCUGCAGCUGAGCCAGGUGACAGAGUCAUCAGUGGGACACAGCCUGCACAGGCUGCUAUCCCCAAGCCCGGCACCACCCUCCACCCUGAAGAUCUGGAUAUGGAGAGACUCAAGAAGGAGCGGCUGCUGGCCACCAACAGCAAAAUUCAAGACCGCGUACACAUGGAGCAUUUAGCCUCUUGUUCAAAGCUGGCCCCAAAACAUAGCCCGUCUCCCUCUGCCCACUCAGACCAAGUUUCUGAUGACCACCUGUCCACAGAGGUGCUGUACCUGCAGGCUGCCAGUGCUGUGGAGCAGGGGGAGCUCGGCCAGUGCACUUUCUGUGGACGUAACUUCCUCCGCAUCAGACUUGAGAAGCACGCGAGUAUCUGCUGCAAGAGCCAUGGCUCCAAGAGGAAAGUGUUUGACUCCAGAAAGGCCAGAGCUAAGGGUACAAUCCUGGAAGAGUUUCAGCAGUGGAAGAUCUCAGAAAGGCCUCAGAAUGUGCUGCCCAGAAGAAACAGCAGAGAGGUUUUGAUCCAGACCCUGCAUCUGGCCCGCCAGGUGCAGCAAAUCCUCUCCAAGGGAGGGAAGAUGUCUAACCUGCCCCCGUUGCCUCCCAUCGAAAACCCAGACUAUGUUGCCUGCCCCUAUUGCAGAUGCCAAUUUGAUCCCCAAGUAGCUGAGAGACGCAUUCCCAAAUGCAAAACCAUCAAGAACAGGGCCUCACCCCUACAGCAGAGGAGGCACUGCUGAGGUGGUGUCCAACUGUGCUGUGAUUCCCUGCCUAUUUUCUGCUGGUUUUUCACACAGACCCUUGCACUUUCUCUAGUCUCAACAGUGGCUGCGAGUGCCGAGCUCGUACGUACAGCAAGUGAACAUCUCAGGACAUAUAAGCAGAACACUAAAGCUCAUGUACUUGACCCGUGGCCAGUGUUGCCCCAGACAGGAUGGCCCUCGGGGGCUGCUGCUCCCAGCCACGGAGCUCAGUACUGAGUCCCAGGGUAGGUGCAAGGCUGUCACUGCUCCGUCAGCUAAGCAGGGAAAAAAGGCUGUUGCUACAGGUCAUCAGCGUGACAGCGGAGAGGAGCAAACCCCCUGUCAGAAAGGGGCUGUUCUUCAUAUCAUAUCAGAAGGAUUUUAACCCUUCAACCCAGCUCUGCCUCUCAAGAGAUUUCACAAUGUCCUGGAAACCAUGAUAAAAAGUCAGAAGUGGCGGGCAUUAAGUACAGUAGGUAGAACAGUUGGGCGAGCAGGGGUCGGGCAGCUUUCCCUUCUGUAGCCCUUGAUGCUCAGUAGAAGCUGUUCCAAGAAACAGGUAGUUCUUCCCUUUGAGUCUCUCUCUUCCCAUUACUCAUUUCCCACUUGGCACUCAAACUGUUAAAAUAAACGCACCCACAAAAGCUCCCGGAUGUCACUAGGAGGAGAUACAGCAGCAACAGAAAAGAGUUGUUGUGUUGUUUGUUUGUUGUUUUUUUUAAAUAAAGGAACACAGAACCUGACUUUUUGUUUGUCCCCGUAGCAAAGCGCCUGCAAGCCCCUCGGCCC